AGACGACUCUCGUUCGACGUCAUGCGUGAUGAGGUGCCAUCUCUAUGGGCUGGCACGACUGCAACGACCACCAGUCUCGCUACCAGUGCUCAACCCCCAAUGUUACAGAUGCCCAACGGAAGUUUGGCUCCGGCUUAUCAAAUGCCGGAUCCUAGGCGGUACAUGAACGUGGGUAUACACGCACCAUUCUCCUCUCCACCAGAGUCGAUUCAACAGACCAAAUUCUGGGAUACGCCAAAUGUGCAUCACUUCAAUGCAUCACACCACACCGACCAUCCUGAGCAUGCCGACGAGCCUCCCGAUCCAGCACAACUGUAUGCUCAUCCCGACUUCCAAUCAUCCUAUCCAUUAUCCCGUCGAGCUGCUGAGGACGCUUAUGGACGUAUGGACUUUGAUAUGGAAGAGUCGCCCACACAUGCUAUGCCACCUCCUCAUCGAUUACCACAUCCCAUUCCACCACUCCCUUUCUCACCUCCUCCUACGGCCGAAGGACUUCCUGCUCGGGCAACACAGAGACCUGCAUCUAGUCCUCGACCAUAUCCAGAAAGGGAGAGAGGUCGAUCUGUAGGCCACGCAGCCGACGAUCUACAACUUCACGAAACACGUCGACCCCAAUAUCUACCUCCUACUCUUGCCGCUUUGGCACUCAGCGGUCCGGUUAAAAAUCAUGACGACUCUCUAGGCGGAAGACUGCCUUCACUCAAUGAUUCAAGAAUGAUGACAGCAAGUCAACCACCACGUUUACAACUGCCCGAUCUGAGGAGCGGAAACGAUGCUUUCGAUAGAGCCUUACCGCCACCUUUACCCAGUCCGAGAGGUACGACGGGACUGAGACCCAUGACGACAUUGUCUGAUUCUGUAGAGAUGAUACAGAGGAAAAGAAGCGAUAGUACACAUAGCGUGUUACAAGGUUUGACAUCCCAAGAUAGCUCUUCGAUGGCUUUAGGAUCUGAUCGAUCGAAGGAGAAUGAAGGAACGACAUUACCUUCACUCAGCUCCAUACUUCGGUAAUCCCAAUAUCACAAAUAAUAUAUUCAAUGAUCAACACAAGAUCUUCCUCUUCAUGUCAGACAGACGAUCUCUUCUCCCUUUGGUCCGAACAAUUUCCGGAUCCGCGCUGAUAGAUUACCUAUUAUACUCGUCUCCGAGAUCUCCGACACACCAUGAUAAUUAUUUCAAUUUCAUUUCGCUCAAGCCACAAAAUUGUCGAUCGUCUCACUUUGCAUCACACCACCAUCCAUCUCAUAUGCAGAUCUCUCCGUAUGGAAAAUCAAUCUUUUCAAUCAUUUUCUAUCAAUUGUUUCACCUCUUUUUCGACUUUCCUUGUCCUCUGUAUCCCAGAUCCCCUCUCAUCUCCACUGUGUAUAUCCGUCGUAUCCGUCCAUCUUUUACUAGCCCGAAUGCGGGGGAAAAUCCACAUACACGUUCAUAGAUCAUCCGUCGUAUCAUCAACAUAGAGGGAUUGUGGGUUGGAUGUGCAAUAUUUCUGUUCUGUUCAGGUCUAGGAUGAUGAGAAUGCAGCCUUUGUCAGAGAGUC